GAACAGCCGGCCGAUGAAAUCACAAACAUGAACUUAGAUUUUACUUUAAUUUUAACCACUUUUCUUUUCUAAUUGUUACUGAUCAUAACUUUCAUGAAACUUCUGAAUCGCUGCAGGUAUUUGUGACUCCAAUUAAUACGUGUUAUGUCAACAAACUAUUUUAUGUCUGAGUCUGACAACAACAGAGAAUCAAGAAGUGGAAUUGAUUCUGAUUCUACCUGCGAAAGUGACUUCAGCUUGGACGAAGUUGUAACAAUUAAAGUUGAGAUCGACCCUUACGACUUGCACCAAGUUGAAAGCAACACAUCAUAUCAUGAUCAUGACAGUUCUCCGUUAAAAGGACAAGGACCAAACUCACAUUAUUCAGACUUGACUAUCCCAGAUGUGUUAUCUACAGAAAUGGAAAUGCUCAGAAACCUGGUUUGUACGACUUGUGGGAGAUUAUUUGAUUCAAGUUAUGAAUUGUAUCAGCAUAAACUAGAGUGUCAAGUGAAAACAAAAGUUCCAGGUGUUGUUGACCCCAUCAAGUGUUCAAGCAGACCCACUAGAUCUUGUGCUGCAAAAAUUAAAAUGUGUGAAGACAGCCAAUUGAAAAAACAAUCUCCCCGUGAUCAUGUCAAAGUUCAGAAGAAAUCCAUGAAGCGUUCUCAUGAUAAAGAUGUAAGUUCAAAAGGAAAGAAACCUAGAGGGAAGUUAAAGGUUGAAGAAGAAGAAGAUGAUGAGAUAAGCCUUUUAGAAAAUACUCCCAAAGAGAAAUUUUUUGUGUCAUCUUAUGCAGCUGAACCCAAGCAGUGGCAAAAAGGGAAGGUAAUUGCUCAUUACGAAUGCCCAAAGUGCUUAAAACGCUUUGUUGGAUUCUCGAAGUUGAAAAGACAUUUAAGAGCACAUCGCAAUGAGGAAUCAAAGAAGUUUACUUGCAAUGUCUGCGGUAGUGCCUUCACCUUGAACUAUAAUCUGACUGCCCAUAUGAAGAGGUAUCACACACAAGGAGAUGCGCCACAAAAAUGCCAAACACAAUAUAAUGACUUUAUUUGCAAUGAGUGCAACCUAGGUUUUAAAGUGAAGAGUAGACUCGAGCAUCAUAUGACACGCCUACAUUCCUGCUGAUUUACCAAUUUUAAUUACAUACAUAAAUGCAUUUUUGAACUUACGUCUUUUGACGUCAACACAGAUGACUGAUUAAUUAAAAAAUUUUAAACGAUUUUAAAUUCAAUUAAUGAUUUCUAUAAACAUUUUUCAGUGAAAUAAAUUUGGUAAAAUUAUUACAUAGUAAAAUUGUCCUCUAAUUUUAAUUACAUUUUCGUAGCAUGAAUUUUAUUGUUAAGCAGCAGAAGAUACUAUCUACAUAUAAUAUUCUGCCUUAAUGAUUUGCCUCCAGCUCUCCGUAUUUCCUGAUGUGCAAACAUGAAUGUUCUUUCUUCGUCUAUUUUGGGUGUUUAUGUACAUAAGUUAUC